AUGGCGACAGACAUCACUGCUUCCCCACCUACCGAUGCGCCUGAGCAUGUCGAGCAGGACUCGGUGCAGCAGUCCAUCACUAAUGGUGAGACCAGCACGUCACUACCUCAACCGAGCCAGGACGCAGCCAACCAGGACUCUUUCAUGGAGAACAAUGCUCUUGACACCUCAGACGUUACAACCAAGGAUGUGUUUCCCGAUGCAAAUCCAGGUGGCCCAACUCCAGUUGAGGAUGUCGCAAGUGGCAUCCAACCCAUCUCCGACUUCAUUCCAAAGGAUGCGCCUAACAAUUCGCAUCCAACGCCGCCACCUGAUCAGCCUCUGGCCACCUCAGAAGCUGACGUGGACACCACGAUGACUAAUGGAGAAGACGGCGCAAGCGCUGCCGCAGCCCCAACCCUCGUCGACGCCCCUGCGCCACCAGCAGAGCAGGCACCCAUCCCAGCAGAGCAAAGCCUGGUUCGACCACGCGAGGAUGACUUAGAGGAUGACAAUCGUGCGGCGAAGCGUAGUAAGGUCGACGACGAGUCUCAUCAAGUUGUGGAACCCAUCACGCCUGCUGUUACGGUUCCACAAGAGAGUGAGCAGACUGUAGACAGCGAGCCCGCUGCUCCACAGACCGAAGAUACUGCAGCCCUUGCCUCGGAGGAGAGUGCGAUUGUUGACAGCGACAUCUUGCCUGCGCCAACAACUGCAGCCCCACAGGAGGCAACUGCGCCAUCGACUGCUGCGGACCCUGAGCACAUUGACUCUUCCACACCAACACUUCCUACCUCUACACCUGCAGCUCAGGCGCAGCCAUCGAUAGAAGCGCCGGCUCCAGUAGCACCAGCAGCCAGCGCCUCGAGGUUUACAGCACCGAUGACCGAGAUGCAGAAGAAGGUGCUGUAUGAGAAGACGAAGAAUCUCAAGAAGACCAAGCAUUCCAUGCACUUCUUGAGACCAGUCGACCCCGUUGCGCUGAACAUUCCAACAUAUCCAACUAUCGUCACGCAGCCAAUGGACCUUGGUACCCUCGACCAAAAGCUCAAGAAUAGCGAGUAUGCUUCCGUCCAGGCCUACGUAGAUGACUUCAAUCUCAUCGUGAAGAACUCCGAGGUGUUCAACGGGUCGGCGCAUCUUGUGACUCAGUCCGGCUACUCCAUGAAAGCCUACUUCGAUAAGAUGAUGGAGAACGUUCCUGGACCAAACCAAGUGGCGCCGCCGAAACCUGCAAAGCGGAACUCACCCGCCGCACGAGCACCACGUCGUGAGCCACGCCAGGUUCCUGCACCCGUUGCGCCACCAGCUAUGACAGCUCCAGCAGAGACCUACGCUGUCCCCGACGGCAUCCCACAAAUCCGCCGCGAAUCAAAUGGGAGGCCUGCUCGGGCUAUCAAGCCGCCAGCCGCCCGCGAGAUCAGCUAUGCGAAGCCGAAGAGGAAGGAGUACCAGCUUGAGUUGCGCUUCUGCGAGCACGUACUGAAUGAGGUGCGUGGGCCGAGGUACGCAGCUGUCAAUAGUGUCUUCCAGAUGCCAGUCGAUCCCGUGGCGCUCAACAUCCCGCACUACCGCAACAUCGUUAAGCACCCCAUGGAUCUGUCGACAAUCGCGCAAAAGCUCAAGCAGGGCCAAUAUGCCAAAGCCAGUGAGUUCCGCAAGGACUUUGAGCUGAUCGUCGAGAAUUGCUUGCUUUUCAAUCCUCAAGGCAAUCCAGUACGUGAUAUGGGCAUACAGCUCCGUCGUAUUUUUGAUCAAGUGUGGCAGACCAAGGAGAAGUGGGAGAGGAACAAUAAGCCCGACUCUGGACGUGGAACUAGUGCUUCUGCAGACGAGGAUAGCGGUGCCGAAGAAGACGAGGAUGAGGAUGAUGAGCCGGAGGACUCCAAGGAGCAGACUAUCCAGGCAUUGCAGAAGCAGCUCGCCGAUAUGCAGAAUAUGAUCGCAGGUAUGGCUGGUGGUGCGAAGCCGAGCAAACCAAAGAAGGUAAAGAGUAAGGACAGCAAGCGCAAGGUUGGAUCGCUGUCUUCAUUGCCUCCCAAAGCCAAGCUCCCGGCGCCGAAGCCGAAGAAGGUCAGUAAGCCGAAGCAGGUAUCUUACGAGGAGAAACAGGAGAUUUCCGAGGCUGUGUCCAACAUGGAUGAAGGCCAGGUUUCUGGGCUUACGCGCAUCAUAACCGAGAACUGUGCAAAGUAUGCCGACAUGGAGGAUAUGGAGCUCGAGAUUGAUGACUUGCCGAACAACGUUCAGGCAAUGCUGCUGAAGUAUGUCCGCAAGCUCUUUGGUAGGCCGAAAGGCACAGAGCCCAUGUCACCUCCAGAUGAUGGCGAGAUGGACGAUGAUAUCGACUUCGAUCCCGGCGAGCGUGCUCGGGGCGCAGCCGCCAAGCGCAAGAAGCAUAAGCCUAUGGGCAAGAGGGAGCAGCAGGACCGUAUUAACCAGUUGAGCUCCAAGCUCGAGGCGUUCAAGCAGACCGGCACUAGUGGUUCCGAGUCGCCAACGGGCACGUCGAGCUUCCAGGCCAAGGCUGAGUCUUCCGGUGAUGAUGAGAGCGAAGAGUCCGAGGAGGAGUAG